AUGCCAAGCAACAGCAACUACACGUACAAGAGCUCUGGAUCCAACAGCCAGGGUACCCAUUACACCUGCGCCCGCGACUACGGCAGUAGCUCUUCGAAUCCGGCAUCGUACCGGUACUCGGACACGAACGGGUCGCGUCGCUAUUCCAACCCGACCGGCGGCAGCGAAUAUUCCGGUAGCGGCAGCGGAUCGACGUAUACCUCGGCCAGCGGAUACCGGACGUGUUCUGGGUACGGCAAGAAGUAUGUUUCUCUUCCCAAAAAGCUCUUCUACACUUCUAUGGGGAUUAAGAUAGGAUAUCGGUCUGACGACGGCGACGGCGACGACGAUGAUGACGACGAUGACGACGAUUAG